UUACUCCAAAGGGAAAAGACUUCAGUUUCGCCAAGACCUUUGCUCCAGGUGUGGAAUCCUGCGUUCAACUGCAGGAAAGAAGCCCUCUUCGAAGAUGUCUAGUCGUGAAAUGAUAAUCAGACAUGAGUCGCAAGCAUCCUACAUACCGAACUGGCUCGAGUGUCAUAGGAAACCGGUCACCAUGAUCCUUCGGUUGUACUCCAGCGUCAUCCUGGUCUGGGACUUUUGCAUCAUCGUGGUGUUCUUUACCAUGCAGAUGCUCCGAUCACUCUAUCAGAUGAUUCGACUUCCGAAGCGCAAAUCCGUAGCGGGAGAGAUUGUGGCGAUAUUCGGCACCAGUCGUGGCGUGGGACGUGACUUGGCGCUCCAGCUGGCCGAACUGGGUGCCAAGGUGGCUUGUGUUGAUAUCAAUUCUACGGAGAACGACAUGUUAGUGAAGACCAUCAACGGCAGUGGCUACAUUGCCCAUGCAUUCGAAUGUGAUCUGACGAACAAGAACGACAUCAUCCGGACGACGAAUGCCAUCGAGAAGCGGUUUGGUCACAUCACCAUGUUCUUCCACUGUUGUGGAGUUCCCAGUCCAAGGUCACUCGUCGCCGAACCACCACCGAUUCAGACCACGCUGAAUCUGAGCGUCAUCUCGCACUUUUGGUUACUGGAAGCGAUCCUUCCGAAGAUGAAACGCAACAAUCAUGGCCACAUCGUGUUUCUCACUUCGGUAGCAGGCCUAAGUGGAGUUAAACAUCAAACGCCCCUAUCCGUCGCUCAGUUCGCCGUUCAAGGCCUAUUCGAAUCGGUGCUGGACGAGUUGCGCAUCGAAAAGUUCCUUAAAACCAUUCCCAUUUCGUUGGUUCAUCUAUAUCCGUUUGUCCUGACGGAAAACUGCCGGAACGACAUCCGAAUGCGCAUUCCAUCCGCUUUUGGGACCAUCCGAUCGGAGGACGCCGCCCGGAAGAUUAUCGACGGUGUCCGUCGCAACGAACUGGAGAUCAGUAUUCCCAAGUAUUGCUUAACGUUGUGUCACGUGUUCAAAUUACUCCCGCGACGUGCGACGUUGCUGCUUCGGGAGCUCUUCGACACCGGAGUGGACUUCUAGUAUCUAGGUUUCAAUUACUGCUGAUAUUUUUGCCAUAUAGUGAUUCUAAUCGUUGGUUGUUUUGACAUAUCUAGAAUUUGACAAGCAUGUUACCUAAGACUUGAAUUACGUGUUCUAUUUUAAGGUUUGUAUAGGACUUGUUAGGAAUAUUUGAAACCUUCAAGUGAAGUGAUGAAUUCGAUUAAAUAUAAUUAGACAUGAAUUGAA